AUGCGUAGCUCGUAGCCGCUAGCGACACCGAUCUGGCCCAAGUUCUCGCUCGUCCGGCCCGCGGCAAACACACUACUGCCUGCUGCCUGCACCUAACGAGGGGGAGUUACCUUCCAUCGCUGCUGCUGAUGUUCACAUCUCGUCGUUCAUCGAUCGUCCUCUAGCCACAACGAUUCUCUCCCUGCUAAAUCGUACCAAGGUAUCAAUAGACCGCUCAGUCAUCAUUUAUCAGCUUCAGUAUACAUAAUAGAAUCACUGGACAUACGAGACUCAGGAUCGAACCUUUGGCCCCCUUUUAAAUCGAUACAACUAUGCGAGGCCAUCCCCGUCGACUUGGCAAUCAACUGUCAUAGCGGAACCCCCAGAGGGUCUUGGUAGUGUUCAUGCAACGAGGAACGAUACUAUACGCCUCAAGCGGUCGCUCGUAUCGGUACACCUAUUGAUCCACCUUUAAUCAUGCGGCACUCUCCACUCGCUGAAAGGGGCGGUGAUAUCCAGCUGUUCCCAAUGGGAUCUCAGUCGUCGAUAUCUGUAGAUCUUCCCCAAUACCGGUCGUCCCACAAAUCUCGCUUCUUGGCGGUCAAGGCUAAGGAGAAGACGGUCUUCUGGAGAGGUAUCUGCAUAGGAAUCGCUUGCACGCUCUUUCUUGUGGGCGGGUUCUACCUGGCCAAACGAAUGGAAAAUAAUAGCGGCACAGCCAUGGCACCCACGUAUAAUCUCGACCGGACGGUCCAUCAAUCACCGAGACCGCAGCAUCUACCACUGCAACCACGGCUAGAAUCGUCGGCUGCCCAAACUACCGGGAAAGACCCAUAUCUCGCCUACCGGCCCUCUUUUACCUAUUCGCUGCCGGUUCAGGUUCUCAUCCAAGGAAUCACCCUGACGUUACUCGCCGUCCUCUUGAUACACAUUCUGUUCACAACGCAGUAUCAUUUCCCCUUGUCGAAAUUCAACUAUCUUCUGCAACUCUCCGGGAUUCUUCUGGUCCUCGGGAGCAUCAUAGGCAGCAUUGUAGUCGUCAUGGCUGCGCAAGAGAGGUCAUCCACACACUGGCCAUAUAUGCUGGAUUAUAUCAGCGUCAAUACCCCUCCCUCGACGUGGAGUAAACCACAGAAGGGUGCUUGGUUCUUCUUGCAAUCGCUAUGCAAUGGCAUGGUACACCUCACACAUAUCCAAUUCUUGACUCUACUCUUUCCGUCGGCAACUGAGGUCAAGCUCAUUUUCCUACUGCUAGGACCCCUGGCCCUUGCUGCCUCUGGCUUGACAUUCUCGUCACUGUCCGACAAACGGACCACUAUCGAUCUGGGAGACGCCAUCAGGAACGUCUUUGAUGGCACCCUUCUGCUCAUAUUCAGCGUGUCUCUAGUCAUUUGGGGCUUGCUGGUCAAUCGCAAAAGGGCCUGGCGGUUCGACGGAGGUACAGCAGCCUUCGGCGCUGGGGCGACCAUCCUUGCUAUCAUCAGUACCGCCAUCAAUUUCGUCGAAGUCAAGGAAGACACGAUAAAUUGGUUACAAAAUCUCCUCUGGGCUAUCGUUCUCUGGCAAAGCUGGCUCGGGUUCUGGUGGUGGGUCGGAAGUGGGAUGGGCGUUGGUGAAGUCGAGGACAUGGUUCAAAAGGAGCAGAAAAAGAAGCUUCGUAUCCAGCGUCGACGCGAGGAACGAAGACGUCUGGAGGCCGCUAAUAUCAGUGGUGAAGACGGGCCGACUGGUACAACGACCGCGCUCGACCCAUUACGGCUCCGUGUCGAAAGGCCUCGUGGACGCAGCAGGGUAGCGGAGCUUCCGGAUAACACAUCUGGGGCUGAAGACAUCGAACUUCGCGAGAUUGGAGAAGCACGGUCGCCCGGCAAUGGCGGACCCGUAACCACGGGUGGAUCCUCAUCCUCCUCGGACGCUUCCCCAUUACCUCUGGAAUCCGUAUCGGGUAUAUUUGCCUACCCGAUCAACUUGAUUCUUCGCUAUGUCCGCAACCUCCGCUCUGGGCAUGAGGAGGCCACCAAGAGGAAAGUGCUUCGUAGGGCGAAACUGCGUCAGCAAGUUUUUGAAGGACAAAACGCAGCUGCCAGUGAAGGUUGGGGCUUGGGUAGCUUUGGAAUUCGCGAGGCCGAAGACAGCGAGCGCAGACUGAGCGCAGCCAACCGCAUCGCUCGAAACAACCAGACCGCUGAUACUGAUGCGGACGAAUUGGAGGAAGACGACGAGGACGUGUUGUCACCGGGAAGCGACCUCGAGGCUGGCAGAGCCCGUCGACCCGUCCAGGAUACUGGUGGUGUAACUUCACCAGAGGUGCCGCGUGACGGACAGACGCCAGCGGCCGAUGAUCGUCAGACUGGAGGGGUGAAGGGAUGGCUGAAGAAAUGGCGGUUGGUCGAUAGAUCCACAUAUUAAAGGUGGAAAUGAUUUUCUUCAACUUGUAAAUAGGACUCUGUGACCCGUUGUAUCACGUGACUGCAUUCGCUCAAGGGGGAAUGACGUAAUGCACGUUCGGCCCAUGGAUCGCCUGAUCGUCCCUUGAAACGUUGAGAGGUCGUUUCUAGUUUCUACCCAAGAGACCCUUCUUCCGACCAU